UUCUUAAAAGUCUUUAUUUUUUUUUGUCUUUUUAAAAAAAACUUUUUUAUAUCAUGGAAGAAAUCUGAUUUAAUAUAAAAAUAAUUUUGAGAGAAUUUAGUUAAAAAUGCACCAGAAGGUAUCCCCUUUGCAAGUGUAUGUGCAGUAGUUACCCUCAUUUUCCUAAUCUUGACCUUUAUGACUUUCGUCAAAGCAGAAUUACGAAGUUGUGAAUGUCUUCUUCCCAAUAAAUGAAAAGAAUACACCAACUAUAGAAUUGUGGGCUACACAGCUGAAAAUGUUCUUGAUGGUCUUUAUUUUUCAAACUUGAUUCUUUGUUUCUUGCCUUUUUAUAACCCAGAGUUAGUGCUUGCUAGUCAAGAGCUCUGCCUGUGAACUCAAUCUUCAACCCCUUACAUUGGCUUUUUAAAAUUGCUUGUGUGGUAUAGGUUCUAGUUAAAAAGGCACACGGAAAAAGAGAACAGGAAAUCUUUCUAUUCCUGUUCCCCACCUACUUAGGGCUCCUGAAGCAAACGAGGCUAUAAACUACUCAUAUCCCUGUUAUAACCCAACCCCAAACCCAAACAUUUUAAUUAAAUAUUUGAUGUCAGUAUUAUGGGCCUCAAAGAUGCCUUAUUAUUUCAAGCUACAGUAGGACCAGUAGGGCAUGUCAGAAUCUUUGCAUCAAACCGCAUUAAAAACAAACAGCAGUAGUUUAGGAGCUGAUAAUGUCAAUGGCCCAAUAGGUCAUUUAAAUUCAAGCAUUCUGCCUUUUCAGAUUAGGGGGAGAAAAAGUAUGAGGGGAACACUAGGGAUGGGAUUUUGGCUCUUCAAAAGGUGACAAGGUUUUUGAAUGUCUGUUCUGAGGACUGAAUCGCGUGGUUGGACUUUGGCUAGUCAAGCAGUGAGCUGAUCAGCCCGGCUCCCUGCCAGGCCUCGUGGUUCGUGCCUAAACCUCCAGCGGCUAGCUCUAACCCGACCUGGAUUCCAGUGCAAGGCGUCGCCCGGCGUUCCCCGCCUUCAGAGCCCGGCUCGCCAGAGGAGCGCAGGACAUUUGGCCGCUCUUCGGCCUCGAAUCGGUACGGGCCACUCAGACACACAGCCUCCACUAGGGUCUCGCUCUGCAAGCCAAUCAUCUGCCGACCAGGCUGGAACAGUCCUGGGUGGCUUCUCCACCGCACCCAGGGUUUCCAAAAGCGAUCCCUCCUUCAUCUUCUCGUUCCUAAUAGGGAUGAUGGAUCACGCGGUUCAGAACGACAAUCAAAAACUGGGCAGUUCUCCCGACACAGCGGAGGCAGGCAGCGCGACUUUGCGAAAGGGGCGGGGCUGUGACGGGCAACGUCACAGCCCAAUAGCGUCUCUUUACCUCCGAGUGUGGGCCAAUGAGGCGUGGGAGGCGGGACUUCCGCUCGCCCGCUGUUGUGGUCCCUUCACCGACUUGCUUGGGUAGGGGCUCAGUGCGGAUACUCAGUCAUGAAGUCCGGGUAGCGACUUCUCUUGGGUGGCCGUGACCCUAGGUUCCGGGGGCCGGACUUCAGGUACCUUCAGAGGCCAGAAGAGGGAAGCUGGAAGAGGGUUGUGAGCCAUCUGACAAGGAUGCUGGGAUCCAAACCUGGGUCCUGUGCACGAUCAACAACUGCUUUUAACUGCUGAGCCAUCCGUAAUAUUCAAUGUGAUUCACAAGAUGCUGCUCUCCAUAGGGAUGCUCAUGCUGUCCGCCACACAAGUCUAUACCAUCUUGACUGUGCAACUCUUUGCAUUCCUGAACCUGCUGCCCGUAGAGGCAGACAUUUUAGCAUAUAAUUUUGAAAAUGCAUCUCAGACAUUUGAGGACCUUCCAGCAAGAUUUGGUUAUAGACUACCAGCUGAAGGCUUAAAGGGUUUUCUGAUUAACUCGAAACCAGAGAAUGCUUGUGAACCUAUAGUGCCUCCACCACUGAAAGACAAUUCAUCUGGUACUUUUAUCGUAUUGAUUAGAAGACUUGAUUGUAAUUUUGAUAUAAAGGUUUUAAAUGCACAGAGAGCAGGAUACAAAGCAGCCAUAGUUCACAAUGUAGACUCUGAUGACCUGAUUAGCAUGGGAUCCAACGACAUUGAUAUAUUAAAGAAAAUUGACAUUCCAUCUGUCUUUAUUGGUGAAUCAUCAGCUAAUUCCCUAAAAGAUGAAUUCACAUAUGAAAAAGGGGGCCACGUUAUCUUAGUUCCAGAACUGAGCCUUCCUUUGGAGUACUAUCUGAUCCCCUUCCUCAUCAUAGUGGGCAUCUGCCUCAUCUUAAUAGUUAUUUUUAUGAUUACAAAAUUUGUUCAGGACAGACAUAGAAAUAGAAGAAACAGACUUCGCAAAGAUCAACUUAAAAAACUUCCUGUACAUAAAUUUAAAAAGGGAGAUGAGUACGACGUGUGUGCUAUUUGCUUGGAGGAAUAUGAAGAUGGAGAUAAGCUCAGGAUCCUUCCCUGUUCCCAUGCUUAUCAUUGCAAGUGUGUAGAUCCCUGGCUAACUAAAACCAAAAAGACCUGUCCAGUCUGCAAACAAAAGGUUGUCCCUUCCCAAGGUGACUCGGACUCUGACACAGACAGCAGUCAGGAGGAGAACCAAGUGUCAGAGCACACCCCUUUACUUCCACCCUCAGCUUCUGCCAGGACCCAGUCAUUUGGGUCUCUAUCAGAAUCCCACUCACAUCACAUGACAGAGUCUUCAGACUACGAGGACGACGACAAUGAAGAGACCGACAGCAGUGAUGCAGACAAUGAAAUUACUGACCACAGUGUUGUGGUCCAGCUGCAGCCUAAUGGUGAGCCGGAUUACAACAUAGCAAAUACUGUGUGACUGACUUUCAGGUGGUUGGUUUAUUUCCCUUAAAAUGUUUAUUUAGGUAUAUGAUUUCAUUUUUUUGCUCCCUUUAGAAGUUUCUAUAGAAAUAACUUACUUUUCAGUUUUCUAGUGUAAUCAAGUCCUGAACCAGGCUAUUUGAUCUCUGAUACUUAUGUCCAGUGGUAUCCAGCCACUCUACUAACCAGUAACAGACUGGUGCUGUAACUCAGGCAUCACUUUAGCUCUGGGGAUGACGAGAUGUAGCCAGGACACUUACAAAUCCUCAGUGUAGCUUGAAACGAAGCCCUAGAUCACAGUAUGCAGAUGUCCUCUUACACACGAGGUCUGCCAAGGUCAUCUAGCAUGAGCUAAACAACUCUCCCUUUCAUAAAGUUGCCUCGUGCUGUUGGGUUGGCACAUGUCCCUUCUGACAGUCCCUCGGUGUCAUGAUGAAUGCGUGGCAACAGCAGUUUAUUUCCCUUCACAGUACCACAGAGAAACUAAAAGAUGUCACCUUCCUUUCUAUUCCCGAGUAGUUUUUCCUCAUAGGAAAGGUCUAGUGUUUGUUGACUUCAAGUGCUUUGUUUUAAGGUUUUCAAAACCACUAUAGUGUUAUGAGUUUGAUUCCACAGGAAUGUCUCUGGACCUCACUUUCCAUAUUUCAGUAUACUUUUGUGUUGUGAUUAAAAAAUGCUGCAUCAAAAAACUAAAUUUCAGCACCUGUUAAUACUGAGAUCUCAUACCUCUUCAUAAAGAGCAUCUUAUGCUAACUAGCCCUGCUGAACCAUGUGCAGAGGAAAUUGUUCAAGUAUUGGAUUUGAAAAUAAGUGCUUUUGUUUAAUAGACCUAAUGUAUUGAGGCAAUGUAUUAUGAAAAGCGAAAUUAUAUAACACUGUAACUAUGUAGAAAAUAUACUUAUAUAAUCAGAAUGCUAAGACUUUUUAUAUGGCCUUGUAUGAUGAGAGCUUCAAUGUUAAUAAAUGUUUUCCACUUUAAAAGCCACAAA